CAACAUCUUUGGGUGAAGAUAAUUAUACUCAGUAACCAACACCUCUUCAAGUCCAUUCUUCGAGUCCGAUCAAUCGAUCCUGUAUUCAUUUUAAUUCGCCGAAUUCUGGCAUUUCCUUCGUUAUACCCCAUGAGCUCGAUAUAACAAGACAACCCCAUCAGUGCAAACAGGAGAAAGGAGCGCGAUGAGUGUCGCAGCGGCAUCGACCUCGUCGUUGAGGGCAGCGUUGCCACUGCGGGUUGGGACCAUUGCUACACAUUCCUGUGUACCUCGAACGCAGCAGAGGCAUAGUGAUUCGGGCAUACAGAAGCCGAAUCUAGGCAGGAGGGAGCUCAGCACAUGUCAUAGCCGAACGACAUGGCGACCAUCAGGUCGAGUAUCGGGGGAGAGGUUGUCGAUACCAGGACAGAGAAGGCAUUUCCACGCUUCCAACCAUUUCUCCGCGAUGAAAGAUCCCUACACCGUCCUCGGCGUCCCGCGUAAUUCCUCGCCCGCCGACAUCAAGAAAGCAUACUAUGGCCUCGCGAAGAAAUUCCAUCCCGAUACCAACAAAGACGCCGGCGCCAAAGACAAGUUCGCAGACGCUCAAGGCGCCUACGAGCUGCUCUCCGACGCCAAACGCAAGGAAGCCUUUGACAAGUACGGCUCCGCCGCCUUCGACCAAAACGGUGGCUUCGACCCAUCCGCCGGCGCCGGCGGGCCCGGUGGGCACCCGUUCGGUGGCGGGUUCGGUGGAUUCGGUGGAUUCGGUGGAUUCGGCGGCGGCCAGGCGGGCGCGGGCGGGUUUAACCAGGAAUUCAGCUUCGAGGAUCUGUUCGGUGCGUUUGGCGGCGGGGGGCGGCGGACGCGGCGCGGGCGAGCGAACCCUUUCAUGGAUGAGGUGCUGGUGGGGGAGAAUAUCGAGGUGCAGGCGUCGCUGUCGUUCCUGGACGCGGCGAAGGGAGUAUCGAAGCAGAUCCGGGUGACGCCGUUGGCGGAAUGUGGGACAUGUCAUGGGAACGGGCUGAAGAAGGGGACGAAGCGGGAGAAGUGUGGGAAGUGCGAUGGGACGGGGCAGAGGGUGCAUUUCAUGCAAGGAGGGUUCCAGAUGGCGUCGACGUGCGCGGAUUGUUCGGGCUCGGGGCAGGUGACCCCGCGAGGGGGGCAGUGCGGCACCUGUUCGGGCGCGGGAGCUGUAAGGGAAAGAAAGACCAUCUCGGUGGAUAUCCCAGCGGGAGUCGAAGAUGGGAUGAGGUUACGGGUGUCAGGCGAAGGCGAUGCACCUGCGACCGGGUACGCGAGCGCCGAAGGCCCCGUCAAAGGUCAACGCGGCGACCUCUAUGUCUUCAUCCGUGUCCAACCCGACCCCAAGUUCGGCCGCUCCGGCUCCGACGUCUUGUACACUGCCUCGGUCCCCCUCACCACCGCCAUCCUCGGCGGCGAAAUCGAGGUCCCCACCCUCGACGCCGACGUGCGCAUCCGCGUCCCCACCGGCACCAACACCGGCGACAAGAUCACCCUCCCGGGCAAAGGCAUGCCCAAGCUCGGUGGCAAGCGCGCCGGGACGGGCGAUCUGCGCGUCGAGUUCAAGGUGUCGAUGCCGAAGUAUCUAAGCGCGAAUCAGCGGACGAUCUUGGAAAUGUUGGCGGAUGAGAUGGGCGAUCAGAAUGCGAAGCGGAUUAUGAAUCUGAGGCAGAUGGAUGCGGAUUCAAGGGCGGCUGGGAAGGAUGGGCGGAGCGAGAACAAGACGGAUACGGUGGAUGCGAAUAAGGCCGAUGCACAUAAGGGUGAAGGGUUCUUGAAGUCGGCGUGGCAUUCGUUGACCGGGCAGCAUAACUUCAAGGACGGCGAACAGACGACAACCGGCGAGAAUGCCACCGGCGAACAGAAGGCCUCCAGCGAACAGAAGCGAACUGGCGACCAGAAGCCAACUGGCGACCAGAAGUCCACCGGCGAGGGCGAGCAAUCGUCGAAAGAAGAGAAAAAGAAGUCGUCGGGAUCAGAAUAGACAGUUGAUAGAGGCUGGCGGUCCUGAUUUUCGACAUCCCUUCACGGUCGUCCGGUUUGGUCAUCUCCGUUCAUCACUGGCAUACCUCCAGGACCAUUGAUUCAGCGUGCAUGGGAAGGAGUUUUCAUUUGGGACUGUACGAGGAGACGGGAUGGGUUUGGUUUGGAGAAUCCCCAAUCUUGUAUUGUAUCUGUAGAUUGUACCAAGCUGUAGCACCAGAAAGCCACCCAAAUAAGAUUAGAACUUGCGG